GCCAGUGUAACAACAUUCGCCGGGCUGACGAAAAACUAAACAACGAAAAGAACUUGGUAAAGAAGAAAAAAGGCCUCGCGUCCCCGUUCGCCUUGUUUACGACGAGCACUUCAAACGAGAAACGGGCAUUUAAAUGGUUGCUCUCGCUGUGCGCGGACGCUCCGUCGGGUUACCCAUUUGAUUCUAUGGGGGACGUGGCAGCAGUGGGGAUUUUGCGACCCGACCCCAGGCCCGGGGUCCUCUGGGCUCCCAGCCGUGCGAGGAGGUGUCUGUUCGGCUCUCCGGAUCAUGAACUCACCGAAAAAUUUCUAGAAAACGAAACUAAAAAGUUGGAAAAAAGGAAUCGGGAUCGGUGGAAUUUCGAUUUCAUACAAGGAACACCCUUGGAGGGUGGACGGUUUGCUUGGACACCGGUGUGGAAGGAUGCAGCCGCAGCGGAGGAAAAAGAUGAUGCAUCCUCAUCACCGUCGGAGAAGGAUCGGGAUGAUGAUGGCUCUGCUUGCGCAGUAUCCGCCGAUGGAAAACUGUCACAAAAGCUUAUUACAGAUUUCAUGCGGAAGCGGAAGUUGUCAAGCAAUCAGAAAGACAUGACGCCAGAACCCAAAGUAAAAACGAGGCGGCGCUUCUCCACAUGAAUCACCUUUAUUUUCAUUUCUCCACACCAAAAAACUUUCAUCAGAAAAACGUAGAGUGAUCUACACAAAUGGAUGUUACGCAGACUGAGAGAAUUGAAGGGGAUAUUGGGAAACCCAUGUAUAUUUAUAUAUUAACUUAUAUUAUGUCACUUUUGCUGGUCUUCACCAAACCCUGCUACUGCAGUAUUCUUCACGUACCUGGUUCAUUUAUGGCUGUUUCUCGGUGAUCAAAGAAAAGAAUAUAUAUAUAUAUAUUAUUUAUAAUUUAUUGAUUCUGUGUGUGAAGCUAUCUGUUGUGCACAAAUCCUCCUUCUGAUUUCAAUUAUUAUUAUUAUUAUUACUAUUACUCUGCUUUACAAAUUAUUACUAUCCUUAGUGAUGAGAAGUGGAAUAAAAUUUCUUUUGUACUGUAUAAACUUAAAAUUGCUGUAAACAUCGAAAUUUAUUUUACCUGAUAAAUAUUUUCUGAAUUAUUUUUUCAUUAAUGAUUUCAUGUUAAAACAAAAGUAAGCCUUCUUUAAAUUUUUGUAUUCUUCACAACAAUGAUGAAGUGAUUUGUAUAAUAUGCGAAGAAUUUGUACAUGUAUAUUUGUGAUUGACUUUUUUAAACAGUUUUUUUUUUAUUAUUUUGUAAAUGUUUUUUAAUAAAUUUUGUAAUUUUAUAAUGUGUAUUUGGAGCAAAAAGGUGAACUCGCAGCUUCUAAAUCGUGGAAUAAAAUAAAAACAGUGCUAAAAUUUUGAUAAAAGAAAAUUAUAAAAUUACAUUCAUAGUAUUAUCGACAGAAUUCAUUAAAAAUAUCUCCAUUAUUAUUAUUUUCUCUCAUUCUUAAAUUUAACUUUUUUUAAUUGGUGUUAAUAGUUAAUAUAUUUAAAUUUCAAGCUUCUCAAAAGUUUAAACAAUUAUUUUCUCCUUAUGUUUGAUUUUAAAAAAUGAAACAACUUUUUCAGUUUUAAAUAAAAUUAAUUUUUUAAAAAUGAACAUGGCUAAGUUUUACAAAGUUGAACUAGAAAUCUAAUAAUAUAAUCUUAAAAGAUUAAAUGUAUAAAUUCCGAAAUUAUUGAAUUUAUUUAUAAGAAUUGCUAGUUCACCUUUUAAAAGCACUUUUGUGGUUUCAGAUAUGAAAUUUUCUGAACCAAUAGUGCUAACUCUAAAACUGUAUAAAUUGUAAUCAAUGGUUUGAAAAGUAAAAAAUGAUAAUAACGGGGCAUGUGCAAAAAUAAAACUACAAUGAGUGGAUCAAAGCUACGGGACAGCAGUGCAAUGAACAACAAGGGUAGGUUGCUCAUAAGCGGUUCUUUGUCUAUCUUUAUUUUCCAUCUAAUAACCAUAACCCCGGGAUAAUGGUCUAUAAAGGUCUGGUUGUGCGUCAAAUUUUUCCAUAAUUUAAAAAUUGUUUGAAACAAUAAAUUACAUAGUCAAAUAAUUUAUCUGAUUUUUCCGUACCAAUAGACAAAUUUAAAAAAAAAAUGUUUGUCGUCUGGCCAAAGAAAAAGAAAACACACCUGAAGUUGGUUACAAUCUACUGCUUAGGCUAAAAUCUGUCUUAAAAAUAUAUUUUCUGUUCGUGAUUAUUUCUGUUUAUAAAAGAGAAAUAAAGGAAUUGGGAAGUUAAGUUAUUCGGAACGUAAAAAAAAUUCUUUAUGAAAUUAAAUUAAUUCUAUAAGAAUUCCAGAUUUGAAUCGCAUUUCAAAAUAAUUACAAUAGGAACGAAUACGAACAAGUAGUUUUUUUCAUUAGGUAUCAAUUUAAAUAAAAGGAAGAAUAAUUUCUAAGCUGCAUCGUACGACCAGGCCUUGUUUCUGUCUCUUUUAUUUAGGGUGUGCGGUAUCGGAGAGGUACCUAGGUUUUCCAUCCAAAAGUAUCUAAAAAAUUUCCAAAUGCCAACAAUUUUAGGAAAGCAAAGCAUCCUUUGAAAGCUUUAAGAAUUUGAAACAAAAGAUCUUAAGAAGAGCGAGUAAGGGAGAAUUCAUUGCAUUGUUUUGCGUGUGUUGAAAUUUGGGUUCCUCUCUUUUUUAUUAUUACUUCUUUUUAUUUAUUUAUUAUUUCAUUUGUAUUUUUGUUUUCAUUAUUAUUUAUAUAGAGAUCAUAUAUAAACGGUAGAUUAUAUGUGUUAUAUCAUAGGUUGUAUUAACUUAUUAUUCAUUUUUUGUGUCCGAUUUCAGAUAAUUAUUUAUAUACAUUUUCUUUUUCUUUUAUUUUGCUUCUUUUGUAAAGUGUUUUUAUUCAGAAUUGUAUUUAUAUCUUUCGUUGUGGCGUAUAUAUAUAUAUCAUAGAUUUUUCUUUUGUUUUCAUGGAAUCAUUUCUAAUGUCAGCUGUAUAAAAUCUGAACUUUUUAUAUCUGCAAUAUAAAUUGAAUUUAUUAUAUGUUAAUUGAAUAAGUAGGUUGAACCUCAGGUAAUAUAAUAUUAUCUUAAUAAUUUUAACUUUAAAUUUUUAUAUGUAUUUUAUCACUCAUGCACUUAGAAUAUAAACUUUCACAAAAUCGAAUUUUUUUUAUUGAAAUAAUUCAAUACUUUAUUAAAAUAAAUUGAAAUGUUUAACGAAAUAAUUCCGAAUUUCACUAAAAUAUACUGCAAUUGUUGGUGAAAUAAUUCGGAGUUUAUUACUUAUUGGAAUUUUUACUGAAAUUGUCUAGAUUUUUUACUUCAAUAAUUCGAAACUUUUAUUAAUUAUAUUUAGAUUGUUAGUGAAAUGAAAUUUAAUUUCUGCAUUGCUCUCUGUGAAGUUCAGAUAAAUUCGGUGCAUUCUAACCGGUGAUUUGUAAAUUAGAUUUUUGCAUUAUUUAAUGAAUCCAUUUGCAUUUUUGUAAUUUAGUGUGAUACGGAAAUGUUCUGUAUAUAGCUAUAGUUUUAUUUCUGUGCUUGACGUUUGCAUUGCAAAAAAUAUUUUUAUCCAUUUUGUAAAUAAACUUAUUUAUGAUUUAAA